AUGCUGGUCGACACGGGUGCGGUUGCAAGUUUGGUGAGCAAAGACGUGCUGGCAAGGGUGGGUCGCUCGACAGUUUCUUUGGGGCCCUACUCUGGUAGUCUGAACAGUGCGUCAGGUCACAAGAUCAAAGCAUUGGGCGUGUUAGAUUUGCCUGUAACGCUGGGAACGGUCGAGAAAACGCUGCCGUUCAUAGUCACGGACAACUUGCAUGUGGACGCCAUCCUGGGAACUGACUCACUGGAGGCGUUCCGAGCGGUGAUUGACCUGGAAACGAGAACGAUGCUACUAAAGGACACGGGUGAGAUGCUCGCUAUUGGAGAAGCUCGCGUCGAAGAGAUUUAUGCAGUCGGCGUUGCCUCCAAGUUGCGUUUGGGCCUCGGGUGCCAAGCGUUCUAG